UGAUAGACUCAAACACGGGUUCACCUGCAUUUCAUUUUCCAUUGCACUCUUUCUACGUCUUUCAUCAUCUUCUCCUUCUCACCCAACCCUAACCCUAACCCUAAUCCCCAAUUUUCAAUUCUAGGGUUCAAUCCCUAACUCAACAAUGUCUCAGAACGGGAAAUUGAUGCCGAAUCUCGACCAACAAAGCACUAAGCUUCUCAAUCUCACUGUUCUCCAACGAAUUGACCCUUUCGUUGAGGAAAUUCUCAUUACUGCUGCUCAUGUUACGUUCUAUGAGUUUAACAUCGAUCUUAGCCAAUGGAGUCGUAAGGAUGUUGAAGGAUCUCUCUUUGUUGUUAAGAGAAAUACUCAACCAAGAUUUCAGUUUAUUGUGAUGAAUCGUCGGAAUACUGAAAAUUUGGUGGAAAACCUCCUGGGGGAUUUCGAGUAUGAAAUUCAGGUUCCAUAUCUAUUGUAUAGAAAUGCUGCUCAAGAAGUGAAUGGUAUUUGGUUCUAUAAUGCUCGCGAAUGUGAAGAGGUUGCAAAUCUUUUUAGCAGGAUUCUUAAUGCAUAUGCCAAGGUGCCUCCAAAGUUAAAGGUCUCUUCUACAAAGAGUGAAUUUGAGGAACUGGAAGCAGUACCAACUAUGGCAGUCAUGGAUGGUCCUCUUGAGCCAUCAUCAUCAAUUACUUCCAAUGUAGCUGAUGUUCCUGAUGAUCCAUCCUUUAUAAAUUUCUUCAGUGCGGCUAUGGGUAUCGGGAAUACUUCAAAUGCUCCGAUCACCGGACAACCUUAUCAGUCUUCUGCUACAAUUUCUUCUUCUGGGCCAACUCAUGCUGCUACACCUGUUGUGCCACUGCCAACCUUGCAGAUACCAUCUCUUCCAACAUCUACUCCGUUUACACCCCAGCAUGAUGCUCCUGAGUCCAUCAACAGCAGCAGCCAAGCCACAAAUCUUGUGAAGCCUUCUUUUUUUGUUCCUCCCCUUUCUUCUGCAGCAAUGAUGAUGCCCCCUGUGUCUUCAUCCAUACCUACUGCCCCUCCACUUCAUCCUACUGGUACUGUACAACGACCUUAUGGUACUCCAAUGCUACAGCCAUUUCCACCUCCAACUCCACCACCUUCACUUGCUCCUGUUUCUUCUCCCCUUCCAAACCCAGCUAUUUCUAGAGAAAAGGUUCGAGAUGCUCUGCUGGUGCUCGUUCAGGACAAUCAAUUCAUUGAUAUGGUUUAUAAAGCGCUGCUGAAUGCUCAUCAAUCAUGACUUUCGAGAGGUGUUUAAUUAUCAACUCACUGGAAGGAUUGUUUUUUGGGCUGAAUUACAUUUGCUAUAAGUUUUAGGCCAGGCUUUAAUCAUGUCCUAAACUUUUAAAUGUUUCGGUCAUAACAAUUUGUAAAAUUGGUUUUGCAUUGUGACUGCCAUUUUGAUCUUGCUAGUUUCCUGAAUGUGUCAUAGUUCAGUUUUCUACGGGUUAAACUGCCAUAUCAACUAUAUAUACUGACAUAACAUGGCAGGAAAUGAUGAAGGUCCAGAUGAGUGGUUAUAGGGGUGCUAAGGUUGUUAUUAAGUCUUGUUUAUUGUGUAUUUUAUUAAACUGUUAUGGUAAGACGACUUUCUUUGCAUAGCACACCAUUUGUCGGUGUUUCAUUUUUCAACAAACAUGGACUCUGUUGCAUAAUGUAAGUAUAUAGUCAGCCCAUUUUUUGUGUGAAUUACACAUCAACUGAAAAGCAUUCUUCUGACUGACAAA